GGACAGCCAUUUUGGAAACAUGCGUCACGGGCGUAGCUAGCUUACUGAGCAACCAAGUUAGCUCAGGGGAUAACUAGCUAGUUAGUAAAUGUUAUCCACAGUGGGAUCUGUUCCUUGGAUUCUAGGUUACUUAUUAAACCUACAGACUCAAAAUGAGUUUAGACACACUCUUUGAACAAAUCCUUCUAACUGAACAACAGUUUACUGAACAGACACAAAAAAUCAAAGAAGUGAAAGUAGCCAUCAUUAAAUGCAAUGAAAAAAUCAAGAGUGCAACCGAAAAAUAUGAGAGGACCAAUGAGGAACUUGAUAAAAAGGCUCAGCAGUUGUCUGUGACGAGGCUGCAGCAUGAUCUGAUGAAGAAAUGUGAAGACCAGAUGGUAAAGCAAAUUGAGGAGCUGCUCUGCCAGAAGAGCCAUCUCAGGGACCGUCUAGCCAAGAUAAAGAAGGAGUCUAAAGAAGAAGAGGAAAGCUUCCUUCAAGAGAUCUCAAGGUUCAACAGUGACUUCAGUCUUCGAGGGAACAGAGAAACAGUGUUCGAGAGCCAAACACACACUGAGAUCCUGGACCUGGAGAGGGAGGUGGAAUCAUUAUACAAAGAGAUGGAGCUGAUGAGCUGCAGGAACACUCACAUGAGCUCCAUGGAGGAGAAGAGGAGAGCUCUCCAGCUUGAACUACAGGGCCUGGAUAACAACCUAAAAGACCUGGAUCAGCAGUUGACUGCGGCUGAAGCAAUGACAGAAUCUCUGAGAGCGGAGAGCCUGUUUGUCAUUCAGAAACCUCUCACUGACAGCACCUGUCUAAGAUUGAGGAAGGAGCUAGAGAUGCAUAAAAAAGGAGAGCUUGAGCUUCAGCGAGAAGUGCUCAGCUCAGAAAUCCAGUUCCUACAGUCAAAGCUGGACAGCAGCCAAGGAAGUGAACAGCAUUAGGUUUGGCACGAUGGUGAUACAGGAAGGUUACACUGGUCCACUGAACAAACAUGCUAAUGAAUAAGGAGAGAAAAAUAAGAGAGAGGACAGCUUUCGUCCUCAUGUUUGGAUUGUUCUGUAUUUUUUCUUUGAGAAGUCAAAUGAAAUAAUAAGUUCCACUCUGAGUAACUUCAGUGAGUAGACACACUGAUUACUGCCAAAUGCUAGUGUUUACACUUGAUUGUGAACACUGUUAAACACUAUUACCAGAAGAGCUAAAACACAGAGAUGCAAUAUUAAAAUUGAUCUUUU